UCGGCGACGGUGUGGCGUUAGUGAGGAUAAUUUUUAUAUAAACCUUUCGUAUACGUUACGAACAUAAACCUUGGAUUUCCUUAUUAAACAAUACUGUUUUUUAAUCUGUAAGUCGACACUCGUUUCGACAGUCGACAGUUGUUAAUUCGUCGUAUAGUAAACUCGAGUGUGUUAUAAGGUUUUGAUUAAUAUAAAUAUGACCUCCAGUGACACUUUAAGUGAUAUGGAGAAGGUGCUAUCAAGGUUCGGUGUAUUUGGACGUUAUCAUGCGCAGUUUAUGUUUUUUUCGUUCAUGGCGUUUGCCUCCAACUCAGUGUUUUGUGGGAAUUUUUUGUUUGCUGCCGAGGAAGUUGGAUAUCGGUGUAAGGAUGAAAAUUUUGGCAACGACUUGUGCAGAAGUCAAAAUUCAUCGGUUGAGUAUUGUACAGAAUGGAUUUACGACAAUCCGGACAGUUUUGUAGCGGAAUUCGGACUAGCAUGCCAAGAGUGGAAAAGAACAUUGGUGGGCACCAUACAUAGUUUUGGAUACAUGGUCGGGCUGCUUCUAGUGGGACCGAUGUCGGACAGGUUAGGCAGAAAACUGUCAAUAGUCAUCACCGGAAUGUUGGGUGGCAUCUUCGGCGUGGCAAGGAGUUUCUCCAUGAACUACUGGCUAUAUAUAAUCUUAGAGUUCUUGGAGGCUGCGAUCGGUGACAUCUGUUCGCCAAUGUUUGUAUUGACUAUAGAAAUAGUGUCAUCGAAGAAUAGAUUAUUAUUCUACAUACUCAGCACAUUUGGUUACACAUUCGGUGGUAUAUUGUUAUCCGGCUCGGCGUAUGCGUUUCCAUACUGGAGGACAUUUCUACGAGUAGUCUACGCUCCUGCUCUUCUAUUCUUCUUUUACCUCUUCGUUAUAGACGAAAGUCCAAGAUGGCUGCUAAUAAAAGGGAAGAAAGAGGAAGCUGUAGCUAUCCUUGAGAAGGCAGCUAAGUUGAACAAAAUUAAACUUGACAAAGCAGUUCUGGAGAAGUUGGAGACAGAGAAAGAGAAGGACAUAGAGUUCGUAAGACUUUUAAAAGUAACGUUUAGGUCUAAGACGCUUCUGAAGAGGUUCUUCAUAUGCAUCAUUUGGUGGAGUACAUCCACCUUCGUAAAUUAUGGGCUGACAAUAAAUUCGGUGUCUUUACAAGGAAACAAGUACAUAAACUACGCUCUCAUUUGCAUCAUGGAUAUUCCGGCUAAUAUAAUAAUUUUAUUGGCUUUGAACCGUUUCAAAAAGAAGUAUUCGUUAAUAGCGUCCUUUUUAGUUGGUGCUAUUUUGUGUUUGUCGCAGCCAUUUAUGCCUACAAACCUAUCCUGGCUGUCACUGGUGUUAUACAUGGCCGGCAAGUUGAUGUCUUCAUUCUACUUCAGCAUCACAUACAUCUACACGUCGGAGUUGUUCCCCACGUACACCAGGAACUCUAUGCAUGCCCUCAGUUCCUCGCUGGGUAGGAUCGGUUCAAUAAUUGCUCCACAAACUCCAUUAUUGAUGCACUACUGGUCAGGUCUCCCUUCCUUUGUGUUCGGCAGCACAUCGUUGUUCGCUGGCCUCAUUACCUUCCUGGUACCGGACACUGGAGCUGACUCUCUUCCAGACACAGUAUGCGAGGCUGAAGCAGUGGGCAAAACUGACCUUAACAUGAAAACGCCUCCAAUAAACUUUGUUAUUCCUAAAAACGAGAAUUUCGCCAAAUUAUAAUGUUAUAAAGUUUGUU